GGUGUGUUUUGAUCACGCGUCCAAAAAUUCCUCUUUCGGCAUUUCGGUUAGAACUUGUUGAGUUGCUGAUGAUUAGAUUAGAUUAGGGUUAGUUUGGCAUGAAUAAACCAUGUAAUUGGCAAUUAGCAGUAAUUUAACUAUUUUUGAAAAAUGGUCAACGGUUGAUAGAAUUUCUGGGAGUGUUAUUUUUACAUCUCACGUAUAAGCAAGCAGUUCUUCGAAAAGAAUUGUUUACAUUUAGAUUAAAUUCUUGUAUAGUCUCUCUUAGGCACAUACAGACUUAAACAAACGUGUUCAAAAUGUUUAAAAGCGUUAAAAAAGUUGAAUCCAACAUUUCUGUGGACUUGGAAGAGCCAUUAACAGCGCAAUCCUGUUCUCAAUUGGUUAUUGAAAUAAUUAAGUAUAUCAUGUACCAGAAGCAGCAGAUUCCAUUUUCUGGUGAUACCUUGAUCAAGCUCUAUGCCAGUACAAAGCCGACUGAUCGCAAUUACUCAUCCAUGAACAAAUUAAUCAACACUCUGAGCUCUAUAUCUGAUCAUUUAGUUCAUGAAUUAAAUCGUGAUGAAUGCGAUGUUAAAGAAGUCUUGAUUGUGAUUGGAGCUACAAUUGUUUCACCAAAAUUGUGCAUCAAGUUGGAAUUGCCUAAUAUUUUGAACAAGACACACAUUCCAAGGCUGCAUCCUCAUCGUAAACCAUUGAUGACUGUUAUGAAGUCAAUUCUUGAAUGCUCUGAAUUCCAAGAAGAACUAUCUACGCCCCUUCUUCCUACCAACACUUUUGUGCUUGUUCAAAAAAGAGAUCCAAACAAGACUUCUGAAUUUUUUAUACUUAAACCACAAUUUGCUCUGCCCUCGAGAAAUAUGGCCUGCUUGAACAUAAGAUUGAAUUACGAUGAAAAUCAAACAUUGAAUUGUGAAUGCAAAAGGAUGCGUCCAAAUUUUUAUGUUUAUAAUGAUAGCUUUGAGGUGUCAGCAGGGCGUCACAUUAAUAUGGGGCAACAUAUACCUUGGAAUAAUCUGUUCAAGAGUAGAUUAAGAGAAGGAGAAUUCAGGACCAGGCAUAGUUUCACAGAUCAUAGUAAAAUGAAAAAAUCGCGCAAUAAUGAAUCUAAUCUACCUUAUCUAUGGUAUCAAUCGAAGGAAGUUUUUAAAGGAUUUAAAUUUAUAAAAUAAGUUAAAUUUUUGUACAUCUUAGUAAAACUUUUGAUACUUGCAAUAUUUAGACUAUUCGCUAUAUAUUUGUUAAAGAGUUAGAUAAACAGUUAAAUAAAGCAUGUAUUACUUUCAUCAAUACUUUAGAAUAAAGUACUUAAUCGGUUUAGUUUUUGAGAUUAUAAAAUUUAAUUUAAUUUUUGUUUAAAGACUUUUAAAUUUAGUUAUUAGACAAAGUUGGGACUGACUCGCACUACAAUUCGGAAAACUGAUAGUGACAACUUUAUGAGAUAACAUCCCAACACUGAUUAGCUUAAUCAGCUUAAACUUUGCUUUAAACAAGUGAUCUACAAAAGGUCAUCACUUACAAGGUUUCCACUCGUGAUCUUUAUUUAGAUUAUCUUAGAGGAAGAGAGAGUAAACAUUUAGAAAAAAUAACGGCUGGUACUUACCAUGACAUUAAGUAGUUAAUGCACAAGCAUGUGUGAAUAAUAAUUUAUGAAAAAACAUCAUGAAUUAGUAUUUUUCCCUCAGUCUACAAAUUUUUUUCAAUCACGUCAGCAUGAUUGUACAAUCAAUAAACUGUAUCGUCGAAAUUUUUUCUCCCGGGGAUCAGUAUUAAAACUCGUGUAGGAAGACAAUUAAUUCAGUUCCUCCACAUUCCUCGAACGGAGAAGAGCACAGCAGCGAACAGUAUCAUGGGUAAACUCAAGUUCCUCACUCCAGAGCAGAAGGAGUUCUACAAAGAGAAUGGAUUCAUCAAACUGUCAGGAGUUUUCUCCGAGCAGGAGAUGAACGAAAUAUCCAACGAAUACGAUGACCUCUUCAACCGUAAGCAGCAGGCAAACAUGGAUGGACUCGAGGCAGCUUGGGAAGGAGAUGACAUGAAGAAAGCAGCCAACAACAUAAACUACACCGUAAAAUCCAUCCACAACUUGCAAAUGCACAGCGCCGUCUUCACGCGUCUGAUCAUGCAUCCCAAACUCCUUGAUGCCAUCGAGGAUCUCAUGUCCAGUCCGGACGUUCUUCUUCACCACACGAAGGCGCACAUCAAACCACCAGAGAAAGGGGCUCCUUACCUCAUGCACCAGGACUACCCUUACUUCCCUUUUAAGAAGCACACUAUGAUGGCCGUGUUCGUGCAUCUGGACGACACCACGCCCGAGAACGGUGGACUCUGCGUCUAUCCAGGCAGUCACAAGCUCGGCCCGCUGCCCGAGAAGAAAAUCGUUAACGAGAUCAACGAGAAGUACUACUACGUCGACCCCGAGCGUUUCCCCAUCUCUGGUGCCACACCCGUCACUGCCAAACGAGGGGAAAUCGUCAUCUUUUCGUACCUCCUACUGCAUGGAUCAUAUCUCAAUCUAUCCACCAGGCCCAGACGCAUGUUCCUCGCUCAACUCAGGGCGGCUGACGAUGAACCUGCCAAGGAUACCCAUCACUCGCACUGCCAGAACCUCGUGCUUCGAGGCAGGAAUGUCAAUAUGCAAGCCACUAUGGCUACUCGAUUCGUCGAUGCUAAUGUUAACUCGUGAAAUUUUGAUGAUACUGGGAUUCCAUUUUUAUUAUUAACAAUUGUUGACGAUUUCAUUUUUAUUUUUUUUUUUUUCAUUUCAUGCAACUUUCACUGUUGUGUUCAUUGUAAGAGGAGAAGAAUAAACUUUGAGUUUUUGAAUAAUACA